CCGGAAAAAAGGAAGCCGACAAGAGCGUAAACAAAUGAAGAAGAAAUUUCUUUUUAAGUGCCGGAUGGCUUUCCGCUGCUUGUUGAUCCACGUCUUCCUCUUCACCUGCUGCUCGGCCCACAGCGACGUCUUCACCUCCAUCGGUCACAUGACCGACCUGCUGUUCACGGAGAAGGACCUGGUCACCUCCCUGAAGGACUACAUCCGAGCGGAGGAGAGCAAACUGGAGCAGAUUAAAAAAUGGGCUGACAAACUGGACGUCCUCUCUGCGGCUGCGACUCAGGACCCCGAGGGCUUCCUGGGACACCCGGUGAACGCCUUCAAGCUGAUGAAGAGACUCAACACAGAGUGGGGGGAGCUGGAGAGCCUGGUGCUCACCGACAUGUCCGAUGCGUUCGUCUCUAACCUCACCAUCCAGAGGCAGCACUUCCCCAACGAUGACGACCAGAUCGGAGCCGCCAAAGCUCUCAUGAGGCUGCUGGACACCUACAAGCUGGACACCAACGCCAUCGCCACCGGACAGCUGCCAGGCUCGUCCUCUGUCGCCUCCCACCGGAGCGUUCUGACGGUGGACGACUGCUACGACCUCGGGAAGGUGGCGUACUCGGACGCAGACUACUACCACACGGAGCUGUGGAUGGUUCAGGCCCUGAAGCAGCUGGAUCAGGGAGAGACGUCCAGCACCGCAGACGCCGUCUCUAUCCUGGACUACCUGAGCUACUCGGUCUACCAGCAGGGGGACCUGGAGAGAGCGCUGGACUUCACCAAGAGGCUGCUGGAGCUCGACCCGACACACCAGCGAGCCAGCGGGAACCUGAAGUACUUUGAGUAUCAGCUGGCGAAACAGAACAAGGUGGUGGAGAAGGACGAGGAGGAGACUGAGGGGAAACAGAAGAAGGGUCGACCUGACGAUUACCUGCCAGAGAGGAGGAAGUACGAGCAGCUGUGUCGCGGCGAGGGCCUCAGGAUGACUCCUCGCAGGCAGAGCCGCCUCUUCUGCCGUUACUAUGACAACAACCGCCACCCGAAAUACGUGAUCGGCCCGGUGAAGCAGGAGGACGAGUGGGACCGCCCCCGCAUCGUCCGAUACCACGACAUCGUGUCGGACAAGGAGAUCGAGAAGGUGAAAGAGCUGGCCAAACCCAGGCUGCGUCGAGCCACCAUCUCCAACCCCGUAACCGGCGUGCUGGAGACGGCCCACUACCGCAUCAGUAAGAGUGCCUGGCUCACGGCGUUUGAACACCCGGUGGUGGAUCAGAUCAACCAGAGGAUCGAGGACAUCACCGGCCUGGACGUCACCACCGCUGAGGACCUGCAGGUGAACUCGCCUGUCUGCUUUUCUUCUUCAGGAUUUGGAGACAAAGUUGACGAACAGCCAGGUGGCCAACUACGGCGUGGGAGGACAGUACGAGCCUCACUUUGACUUCGGACGGAAAGAUGAACCGGAUGCGUUUGAAGAGUUGGGGACAGGAAACAGAAUCGCCACCUGGCUGCUUUACAUGAGUGACGUACAGGCAGGGGGCGCCACCGUCUUCACUGAUGUUGGAGCUUCUGUCCGGCCCAAAAAGG